UCGUCAACAUUUCCUAUUAGAUUACAGUAUAUUGUUUGCACUUUAUGUACAAAAUGUUUGGGUGCUGUUUUUUAUGUCUGAUCUCUCACUCAAAACAAAACACGCCCUUGGAUGAGUUCAGUGAAUGGCCACUCUCUUCUGAACCAACCAGAGUGUACUCUUCUUACUCUUACUCUUACCCAAUACCCAACGAAGCAGUUGCAGUUGCAGUUUCAGUGUUGAGGAAGAAGAAAAGAUGGAGUGGUGCAUGUCAAUGCCAAAGGUGGAACUCCAUGCUCACCUCAACGGAUCCAUCAGAGACUCCACUCUCCUAGAACUCGCUAGAGCUUUGGGGGACAAGGGUGUAAUAGAUUUUUCUCAAGUGGAGCAUGUUAUCCUUAAGAAUGAUCGUUCAUUAACUGAGGUAUUCAAGUUGUUUGAUGUGAUCCACAUUCUUACUACUGAUCACAGGACUGUUACAAGAAUUGCGAAAGAAGUUGUUGAAGAUUUCGCAUCAGAAAAUGUUGUCUAUCUCGAAUUGAGAACCACCCCAAAGAAAAAUGAUUCCCAAGGAAUGAGCAAACGUUCUUAUGUUGAAGCUGUACUGGAAGGGAUAAGAUCUGUCAACUCAGUUGAUGUGGCUUUGAUUCCUUACACUGAGGAUCCUAGAAAUACUUUAGAUCCUCUGUGCGGAGCUACAAAUGAUAAAUGUAAUGGAAAUAGUAGGAAGAAAAUCUUUGUUAGGCUUCUCUUGAGUAUUGAUCGUAGGGAGACAACAGAAUCAGCUAUGGAAACUGUCGAGCUGGCACUGGAAAUGGGGCAUCUGGGGGUGGUUGGAAUUGACCUAUCUGGGAAUCCAAAGGUUGGCGAAUGGAAAACAUAUUUGCCAGCAUUGAAAUUCGCUAGAGAACAAGGUCUUUUUGUAACCCUUCACUGUGGAGAGGUUCCUAAUUCAAAGGAGAUACAAGAUAUGCUCGAUUUUCUUCCCCAGAGGAUUGGACAUGCUUGUUUCUUUGAGGAGGAACACUGGAGAAAGUUGAAGUCUACUAACAUUCCGGUUGAAAUUUGUUUGACAUCAAACAUAAGGACAUUGUCAGUUUCAUCAAUAGAUGCUCACCAUUUUGUUGAUUUGUAUAACGCGAAACAUCCUCUAGUCCUGUGUACCGAUGACUCGGGUGUUUUCUCAACCAGUCUCUCCAACGAAUACAAAAUUGCUGCUUCUUCAUUGGGCCUUGGAAGGAAGCAAAUGUUUGAGCUAUCAAAGAAUUCUGUUGAGUUUAUAUUUGCAGAUAAUGUUGUAAAGGAUGAAUUAAUGGAAAUUUUUAAUUCAGCUGCAAAGAAUCUGGAACUCUAGGUAUAAUUUCAUCCAAAGGGAGUAUGUAUUUAGGUCAUAGGUCCAUUAUGAGUUAGACCGUUAUUGUAGAUCGAAAUUAUGGUAGCAUUCUUAUA